AUGCGCUACUCACCUGAUCAGUCAUGGCCGGAGGCCUCUGCCGGAGAAGAGCGCCCCGAUACUCAGCUUGAGAAUGGACCGCCUUCACCCACGCCCUCCGCAAAGGCACUCAGCCGCAGCCUGCUUGCAGGUUGGGCAUCACCCCCCCACGCUCACAGCCAUCACGCAGUUCCUUCAGCUGCUCCAGCCGAAGCCUCACCACAGCUCUUGGUGACCCUGGACAGUCCUCCCGACGUUGGUUCACAUUCCAAGAGCCCGGCGACCGUCACCCUUUCCAUGCAAGAUAUCAUGCGAGUUCACAGCUUGACAAGUGCUGCAACUGCUUUUGCUCAACGCGCCUUGCUGACGAACCGCCUGCCCGCCGACGAUGACGUGAGCGGCUAUGUCCGAGAUUCCGGUGGAGCGAUCGUAUACUACCUCAACAAAGUACAGCAAGUGCUCUCUGACUUCACCAACGGGGAGAGCGCCACCACCGGGAUACCUGUCUGGGACCCCAAGCACAUCAAGGGGUGGUCGUUCAACACGAGAGUUCCUUUCCCCGCCGACGCCAUGCUUCGUCACCUUGAGAAAGCGGAACCUCAACGCGGUGUACUCGACUUUGACGUUUUCGCCAACUCCAGUGAGCAUCUCCAGCGCAUGAACGACAACUUUGAGACGUACUCGGAGCAGCCCUUCAAGUUCAGGAAGAAUACCGACCACACAUGGGACCAACAGGUCGCCGAGCGCAUGGCUGACGGCCUCAUCUCGCGCGGUUACCGGGUUGUCCGGCCUGGCGAGUCCAUGGAAGCCGCCAUGGCACAUAUGUCAGACGAGGACCGCCAGUAUGCCCGGGAUGUCGACAAGCUCGCCGUCUAUGUGCCAACCCCAGCCCACUUGAACUGGGCAAACCCACCGGAGAUCAAAGCCAGCACAAACAAGCACCUCGCCGUAUACAAGACCUACGGCAUCCUCGAAGACAAGACGAAGACUAGACCCUCCAACGCCAACAAGGCCUACUUCUGCUUGAAGAAGGACCCUGAAGCCUCCAAGCCGCGCCGAAAAUCUCAAGAUCUUGUCGACAAGGUCAACCACCAGACUCCGCCGAUGGCUAUCUUCUUCACCGAUGAACAGAAGAAGACCAUGUCUGACAUCAAUUUCGCUUGGGCUUGUUCUUCCUGCCAUACUGAAGGGAUUGCAGCCGGCGGCCGAUGCUACAACCCCGCCUCGGUGAACUCCUGCUGGGCCUGCCAGACCAUCCGAUUCAAGUUCAAGAACAAGAAGAUUGACAAGGGCAAACCCGUUCGAGAGCUCGAUGAGGAGGGCAAAUACAUCAUCCUUGAGCAGAGCGGGGUCACGAUGGACUUUGAUCUGCCGGACAACGUGCGCAUUUGGCAAAUUGACAGCAGAUUCUUCGUUGAUGAAUAUGGAACCAUACGGCUCGGCAUCGAGUACCUCAAGGUCCGUGGCACAAAUCGAGGGAUGCUUCGACGCUUCGAUCCCGUCCGCACCGGCAUGCACCUCAUACCAAAAGAUCAAUUCUUUGGCAUCACCUACUACACUCCCAGCGAAAUCCAAGACGCCUUUCCCCAGCUCAAGGCCGCACACCAAAAGAAGGAGGCCAGGAGAGAAGCCAAAGAACAGGCAAAGACUCCAGGUGCAACCCGGCAGCGCAAGAGGAAGGUUUCUGAGGUGGACGAGGACGACGGGUAUGACCUCGAUGGCAUUGACACUUUCGGUGCUCUUUCCAAAGAGGAAGACGAGGACAACUUCUUCGAUGUCCUCGCAGAGGAUGAACAGCGCUACAAGGACGCUCAGGAUACAUCGACUGCUCAGGCCCGCAACACUCCUAUGGCUCUCAAGGAAGAGAACAUCGACUUUCUCAAGGAGGAGAACGGCGAUGGAGAUUAUAAGCCACAGUACAACACCGUCACUCCCGCUCAAGGCACCAAGCCCAAGCCUAAGACCAUGAGCCUCUACGUCGCCAACACCACCAAGUACUUCCAGUCUAGGCCGACCGCCAAGCCGAAGGCCACCAAGCCUAGCAGUGAAACAAGGAGGAAGCCCAAGAAGCAAAAGACCGUGGACUCGACUCCAUCACCUGACGCCAACGCUACGGAUCCUGCCACCGCUACCGCUGCGACCCCGGUGCGCGACAAUCCUUUGGAGACUGCAACUGGCGACCACGCCGGGGACGACGCCCUCGCGAAGGAAGAUCUCGAUCAUCAAGAGAUCCAGGAUGUCGCCAUGGCCACCGCAGCCGAAUUCACCAGGAACAUGAACGCACCUUACAGCCCGGUGGAUGACCGCGCCGAAGGUUCUUCCUAA